UUCCGUUGAUCCAUUCAAGAAUCAUCAUGGGGCUACCUGAUGGUUGUUUGGAGGGAGCCGUGGGCGGUGCAAUCCUGGGUACCACGACUACGGUAAUGCUGGCGGCUACAGUCAACGGGCGGUGGCUUGGCAGCGGGUGCACGAGCGGGCACGGGCUGUGCGGUCUGCCACGGUUGUCGAGGCGCAGCAUCGUCGCAACGCUCACGUUCCUCACCAGGAAGUUAGUUACGGCUGAUGUUUACGGCUGGUUCGAUAUAUUGCUGUUCUUCAUGACUGAUUCGAUCUGUUGCUGUUUUUCUUUCUUUCACCGAUUGAUCAGCGGCAUUGCGACGGCAAGCGUGUUGGCGGCCUGGAAUGACAGCGCCAGCGGAGGGGCUGCGCUCGUCACGCACGUGAGAAGUGAGACACCCGUGCUGGCGGCGAGAGAGGAACGUGCACAGUGGAAGGCAAACCUUGUGUCCUUCCUGUGCGGAGGCAGCUUCGCCGGAGGGCUCGUGCUUUCAGGCAUGACCCAGCGUGCCAAGGUCGUCAACUUCCUCGCGCUCAGGCGCAACAGCUGGGACCCGUCCCUGAUGUUCGUUCUCGGCUUCGGCGUGAUGGUCGGUCUCGUGGGCUUCCCCCUCGUCACCAGAAACCUCGGCGCGCCGCUGUGCCGUCUCCCGGCCAAAGCGGAAGAGGAGCAGUCGCUGGCUACCGGUGCGCCGCUCGCUGAGAAGUUCGAGAUCCCCACAGGCACUGAGUUGGACGUGCCGCUGGUGCUGGGGGGCUGGCUGUUUGGCAUCGGUUGGGGAAUGGGCGGACUCUGCCCUGGGCCCGCUGUAGUUGCGGCGACGUUCGGUCUCCCCGGCCCGGCCCUCGCCUUUAUGCCUUCCCUUGUGGUGGGAAUGAAGGCGGCUGGGCCGCUCAAGGGCGCCCUGUCUCUUCCCCACCCAAGCUGGGUGACGGGAGGUAAGAGCAAUGCUUCGUGAUGCGCUCCGAUGGACACGCUUGGG